AUGCCUGACGAAGAUGUUUACGAUGAAGCGGAUGUGAUCAACUGUCACGUGUGCGAUGUGGUUGUUCCGAGGGCGUAUUUCAGGAUACAUGCUCAGAGCAGAAUACACCAGAAUAACAAAAAAAUAAGUGCAUUGUUCGUAGAAAACCUCUUCAGUAAUUACACUCUUCUCGCGCAUGAUAUCAUGAAAAACAGGCCGUUUAAUUCGUUUUACUGUACAUCCUGUAUCAGAGUGCUUCCCGAUGAUCAAAAAUUGGCGCACGGCUUAUCCGUUGAACAUUUAAAGUCUACCGACAAGGAGUCCGCGUUAAACGGCUUCGUUGAAAUGUUUAUUGACAAGAAACGAGAGGAGUGUGAGGAUCUUGACGAUAUUCUCUUCUACGAAGUGGAGGAUGAUGAAGUAGAUUCAGGUUUAAACCCUCAUCAGCCUGAAGCUAGACUCGCUUUGCUUGAACAUAAUAGAGCUAAAGAGAAUGAACUGAAUGCAAUGCAACCUACUACUUCUACCAACGACACAGCGACGUAUACAUGUGAACCGCACACAUGUAGUACAGACCAAACGUACAAUGUGGUCGGUAACGGGGGCGUGUCGAGCGAAAUCCAAGAAUUUAAAGUAUACGCCAAGAGUAUGCGUGAUAAAUAUAAGAUAAAUGUUUGUGGUUGGAUUAAAGUGGAUGAUCCUUGCCAUCUGACGGUGGCUGCGCCCAAUGGCAACAUACUGAAGAUUACCGUGGAUAUAUUUCACAGUUUUACAGCAAGCUCCUCCGUUGUGCUCUGUAUGGUGUGCGACAAGCUGAUCGCUCUAGAUGCGAAGAAAUUGCACAUCGCGAACGAGAAACACGCUCGCUUAAUCUCUCGUCCCAUUGACAAUAUGUUCCGGCGAAAGAUAAAUGGUUUAUGGAGUCACGACUUGGUGAGCAACAAAUACUAUUUAACUCGACCGGAAGACGCCACUGCCAAGGGUAACGACAAACCACACACAGUAAAUAAUACUCCCAAAGUAACCGAAGCACCAACCUUAACAAAUAAGAACAAUACCUUUGUACAUUGUGAAGUUUGUGACAUAUACAUACAUGGACAUGAUUUUGCUGGACAUGUCAAAGGUAAAAAUCAUUGGAGGAACCAAAGGAAGAUUGAUAAACAAAACAUAAAAGCGACACAAAACUCAGUCCAGACGCAAGAAGACCAACAGGAAUAUGGCAUCACUCAAGAUCAUGUCGACGAUAGAAAUGGACCGAUGGACGUCGAGGCUUUUAUGGUGUACUUAAAAAAGAUGGUUUCAAAAUAUAAUUUGAAAUACACACUGCCAAUUGUCAAAAAUGGUGGUCUAGUUGUUGUCACAUCCCAUGGAUUUGAAGCGGCUACAACUGUGGAAAGUUUUCAUGGCUACAAGCCGACGGAGAGCAGUAUGUUUUGUCAAAUGUGCCAGAUGACGGUAUCUGUUAACACAAGAGUCCACAGCGAAACUCUUAUCCAUGUAAAGAAUAUUACACAAGCCAUAGAUGUACACUUCACUCGAAAGAUAAGCGUGGUGAUGUCUCACUGUCUGCUGUGCAACUUAACCGUCUCUGAUAGCGCCGAACAUGCGGCCACUGAUCCUACCCAUUAUUCUUAUAUGAGAGACCGUGUCUCUAACGUUAAGCAAAUCGAAUGUACUACAGAUAAGAAAUGGAAGCUAACACACUGUGACGUGUGCAAUAUUUAUUUGACGCCGAACACUUACCAAGACCACCUCAAAAGCAAGAAGCACUUGCAGACUAUAAGGGAGUAUUCUGACCAAAGAGAGACACCUGCAAAUAUGAUCUUUUGCCCUAUUUGCUUCAAAACUAUACAUUGUAACAGUUUCCAAGAUCAUUGCAAAGGCAAGAGGCACAGUGCGUUGGCUAAGAGAACAGCACGAGAGUCGCAAACUCAAUCUGAACCUACAGAUCAAGGGGAUAGAGCUCACAGCUCACUGACAACAGCGAAUCAGCAUGAAACAAACUUUUUGGAAUAUUUGAAAUCGAUGAUUGCCAAAUUCAAAUUGAACUGUGAACUGCCCAUCGUAGAAGACGGCGGUGUGGUCAUCACCACUCCUAAUGGUAACAGGGAGAAGUUCACGAUUGAAGCAUUCCAUAGCUACAAGCAAGCGGAGAGCUCUGUGGUGUGUCAAGUGUGCAGAAUGAACGUGUUGUCUAAAGACACAAGAGCUCACAGUAUGACCAGACUUCAUGUUGUCAACAUUCUUAAACCUGUGGAUAAUAACUUUUCCCGAAAGGUAAGUUUGAAAGCCAUUUGGUAUUGUUCGUCUUUAUAG